CAGAGGUCCAGGUCCGGUUCAUACUUCGCGGGCUCCCGGUUCAUGUGGCCGCAGCGGACACGUCAGCAGAGGGAGAUCAGCACCCUGGACAGCGGCGGCUGUCAACAACAAGCAGCCAGAGCUCCGGAACCCUGCCCAGCUGCACUGGGACAACUGGGAGCACAGGGACACGCACAUCACCCGUCGGAGGCGGAUGGAUGACCAGAUUUUUUAAAAAUCCCGACUUGUUUACAGGAUGAUAGUUUUUUUUUCUCCUUCUCUUCUCCCUAUUCCGGAAGUAGCUGCUGCGUUGGUUCAAUCUCCAAGCCGACCAUUUCGAGGAGGAAAAUCAGCGCCAGCAGUAUCAUCACCACCAUCUAUCUGAUCCAAUAAUCAAUGCCAUUACUGCUGUGUAAUUGCUCUCGGAUGCGAAGACAUCUCCAUGCGUCGUUCCCGUCUUUCUCUCGAAUUAGAACGUUCCCAGGGUGCCUUUAUAAUUGUGCCUCUCUCUUUUUGACCGUAUUUUUCUUUUCUUUGGUGGGGGGGGGGGCGCUUGCAAUGAAAUGCUGAUGGACAUCGAGGCGAAGAUGGGAAACAUGGGGCUUUCGGGUGUUUUGUGUGUUGCCGUGUUUCCAGCUAUAGGCGCCUGAAAAAUGACAAGGAUUGUGUUUUUGAUCUCGACGUGGAUUGUCGGGGUGAAUGGCUCGGAUUGUUCGUGGAUCAACCAGAAGCUUUACAAAAAGGAGAUGAAAUAGAGAGAAAGAGACAGAGAAAGAGGGGGGAGAGAAAAAAAUGGACCAUGAUCUGACGCUUGGGAUGCUACAGUGAGGGACAGUGAAAGAAAACAAAAACAUAGCCUAUUAUAAUCAAGAAAAUCAAACUUCCAUUUCAUUUUUCAUUUCCUUUUUGGAUUAUGAUUCUUGACAAGAGUCCCAGAUGUGACUGUAUGGAUGGCAUGUCGUUGUAUUUUACAUCCCAUCUUCUAUUUCCUGGCUCUGUGUUACUCUCUCUUCCACUCGUCCACUCUCUCGCAGUCUUCUGCUUUGGGUAGCAAAAACAUGUAGGCUAUUUUUUUGUUGUUGCUGCAAGCCCAGUGCAUCUGAAAAAAAGAAGCUGUCUUUGAAGGAAAAUGGACCGUGGAAAUCAAAGCCUGUGCAAGUUGUAGUGGGGUUUUUUUUUGUUUUGUUUCUGGGGUGCGGUGGAAGAUGCAUCCAUAGACAGCGUUUGCUGAGGUGUUUGAGCGAUGAAUAUUGAAAGAGCGUGUCGGCCAGCUGAAAGAGAAAAUCGUUCAUCCGCAUUGGCUUAGACACACAUGCCAUCAGUGGGGCGAGAGCCUUUUUUAUUUCUCUGGAUUUCCAAUUAAUAGGCUGGCUGUGGUAUUCAUGAAAAUCUACAAUAAGAAUGACCAUAUCGGGUGAAUGAAUAAUAACGAUAACAACAAAAAUAAUCAUCAUAAUAAUAACAAUAAUAGAGGGAGAGGAGACAAAAACACUUCAUUCAUUUAUUUCAGUCUGGCGGAUUCUUUAUGUAGCCCAACAUGUUCAAGUAUCGGAUCCGCAUGUUUUUUAAUGAACUGAAAGUCCUGGUGUUUAUGCGAUCCGAUUCGAGACAGUCCAGCUCAGACACAGAGAGACGGCCCACCACCAUGCGAGGUCUGGGGAUGGGCGGCUGCGGUUGGCCGCCGUUCGUUGACUGCCAUUCCCGGGAUGACGAGGAGGAGUACUACGGCAGCGACCCGCGGCCCCGGAGCCUGGCGUUCGAGGACAAGGAGCCCAAGCUGUCGGUGGGCCUGGAUGCCGUGUCUCUGGCCAGCACCGCCAGCAGCCUGCGGACCCCCCAAUGCCGGAUCUGUUUCCAAGGCCCAGAGCAGGGUGAGCUGUUGAGCCCCUGUCGCUGUGACGGCUCGGUGCGCUGCACCCAUCAGCCCUGCCUCAUCCGCUGGAUCAGCGAGAGGGGAUCCUGGAGCUGCGAGCUCUGCUACUUCAAGUACCAGGUCCUGGCCAUCAGCACCAAGAACCCUCUGCAGUGGCAGGCCAUUUCUCUGACGGUGAUAGAGAAGGUGCAGAUAGCGGCCAUUAUUCUGGGUUCCCUUUUCCUCAUCGCCAGCAUCUCCUGGCUCAUCUGGUCCUCCCUCAGCCCCUCGGCGAAGUGGCAACGCCAGGACCUGCUCUUCCAAAUCUGCUACGGCAUGUACGGCUUCAUGGAUAUCGUCUGCAUAGGCCUCAUCAUCCACGAGGGAUCGUCAGUGUAUCGGAUCUUCAAACGAUGGCAGGCUGUCAACCAGCAAUGGAAAGUACUGAACUAUGAGAAAUCAAAGGACUUGGGCGACCCGCUGAGUUCCAGCAGCAAGACAGGGGCCCGCGGCUCUCGCGCUAACCCUCACGGCCUGGCCAGCAGCAGCGGCGGGCGACAGAGCAGGAGGUUAAGAACUAUCCUGAACCACCACUGCGGGUAUACCAUCUUGCACAUCCUGAGCCAACUGCGGCCCAACGACCCACGGAUCAGCGCCGCCUCCAACCGGGAGGUGGUGAUGAGGGUCACCACCGUAUGAGUCGGACCGGGCGUGCGUGAUGGGAUAGACCUCGUCUUUGUGUCCUGAUGUAAAUGAGAGGACGGACUCAUGGACCUAACGUUAAAAACCACAGACUCAUGUAGGCGACCUGCAAGGAGCCGAGUGAUGCCACAUCAACAGACACUGGAGGAUUUCUCCUAUCGUUUCGUACAACAAAAAGAAAGCCAGAUGCUCCCUUUCAAAAAUUAAAGAACGGAUGAAAAGAAGGAUGCAUUAAAAGACAUGAAAUGAAAUGUUUGGAGGAGGGAAAAAAAAGUGUAAACAGGCUUUAUAACCUAAUCCAAGAUGAAGAGACGUUUUUUUCCAGUUCAAUAUCAGGAUGCACAAAGACAUUUUCCUUUUGCUUUCUCUCUUCUUUGGUUUGAUUUGUAUCCAAUUCUUUUUUUGGUUUGUUUUUCUACUCACUUUGAUUUUGUACGGAUGUAUGAUUUUAGAGGAAAUCAUGUAACUCCAUACAUGCCAAGCGUUUCCAGACAACUAUGUAUAAUGAUCUUAAAAUUUCUACAAGAUAACUGAUGCUGGUAAAUAGACCGAAAACUGAAACAAACAAACAAACAUGAAGGGGAAACACAUAGGUGACAACUGAACAAUAAGUCAUUACAAGUAAAAAAAAAAUUACAAAAAAGGAGAAAAAAAAAGACUUAAAAAAAGAAAUCAGUAAGAUUUCAGUGACACUUAACCUUUCUGCAAUAAAGAUACGUAUGUACAUUUCACAGGGGGUUUUGCAUGGGUACAUCAUUUUAUUCUUCAUCACAUAACAUAAGCACAUGACAAAUUUGCUCUAUUUCGAAUGGUGCUUGCCAAAAAUAAACACUUUAGAAACAUGUGAUUUCAUUGCACCAACUUUUUGUCAACAUGACAAAUGGCAGUGUGUUAUAGCUAUUUCAGCUCAAAUACAGAUUGUUGCUGCUGUGUGCUGAUAUCGGAUUUGAUAAUAAGUAAACUAUUGGAUUAAAAAUGGGGAUCAGAUGAUCUCUUACUACUCAGUC